UUAAAUUGACCAUUUCGGCAAGUUCGCAAAAAAACAAAGAUAUGGCGACAGCUGUAGUGCAAAGAAAAGGUUAUGACAAUGUUGAAUUGAGUCUGAGUGAAGAUGAUGAUCCAGUGAAAGAGAAAAAGAAAUCAAAAGGAAAUGAGAAGAAGAGUAGUACAGAGAGUAAGAGUAAGGAAAGUAAAGAGACAAGUAAAGAAGAGGAUUUGGCUCAGAAGAAAUUUUUGAUGACUCAAAAAACGCAAUCAAUGACCGAGGAUGAGAAGGAGGUUAAACCAAAAGCGCCGGAAAGUCAAAAACCGAAAAAGAACAGUGCCGAAGAAUCGAAUGAAAAGAUCAAGAAAGAAGGUUCCGUGAAAGUAGAAACAGUUGCAUCAAAGGUCAAACCAGCUUCAUCUCGAGUUCCUCCAAUUGCCAGUACACCAGGAAAAGGAUCAGUUGAUGGAGAACAAAAGAAAAAGAGUACGGGCUGUUGUAUUAUUCUAUAGAUUCUCUUUUAUAAAGAGCUAACAACUUGUGUAAUAUCGUUCAAUAGCAUCUCUCUUUUGGUGAAUGAAGAUGUUUAAAUUUAAUCUGUUCAAUU